AUGCUAACAAUAAGAUCGAGAUCUCAUAAACAAUCUAAAAUUCAUUCAAAGCAACUUUUCUAAUAUUCUUAUUUUCUAAACAUAAGUCUAUGGAAAUAUUUUAGUUUAGGAGGUUAAGAUUUUAGAUUAUGUAUUUAAGGUGAGAUAAUUAUAGAAGAUCUACUUUUUGAAAAUUGUUCAAUAUAUAAUUCUUCAUUAUUCUCACUUUAAAAAAAUUUGAACAAAGAACAUUAAAUAACAAUAUCGUAUGCUGAAAUUAACCAAUGUAGUUUUGAUCAUUCCUAUUUUCUAAUAAGCAAUAAUAAAUUUUAAAUAAAGGCAAGUAAUCUUUAAUUCCAUAAUAACAAACUUAGUAAUUCAGUGAUAAUUGCUUUUAAUAAUAAUAUAGAAUUAUUAACAGUUAGAACCAGUAAUAAUUCUUUGAUAGAAUCUUCAAUUAUAUAGACAUUAUUAGAGGUAAAUUUCUAAAUGCUUUUAUGCAGAAUAGAGGAUCUUGAAGAUAAUUUUAGUGCUUUCUAAGAAUCAAGCUUGAUGGUUAUUUAUUCUAGUCUUAAAUAAAUAAACUGUUUAUUAGUAUUAAAAAUAUAAAAGUUUAGGAAUAUAACUUAUUUCGUAAGUUAUAUCUAUAAAAUUAAUUAUUUAAGUUGCAUUGCUAUUCAUUACUUAUUUAAAAUGCAUAGUUUUUUAAUUUGAGAAAAUUGGCUGUGUUUUAUCUUUUUGAAAUUAAUCAGAUUAUUAUUGAUUCUGUAAUAUUCGAGAAUUCUUAAUAAUAAUAUAAAGUUCCUGUCUCCUAAUUUUGUGCUGAUCAAGUUUAAUUCAAGAAUUAACUAAUAUAAGUUAUAGGCUUUUAGAAAAUAUCAUUAUCGAACAUUAAAAUUAUUAAUCAAUUUUGUAUUAAUUAUUCAUUAAUGGAAAUAAGUUUUAGCACUUAGUUCAUUAUUGAUACAAUAGGAUAAGUAAUCUUAGAGAAUGUAUAAUUUAUAGGAAAUAUAAUAUUAAAGAACAGAUUAGCCUAUUCAUUAUCACUUUUCUAAAGAUAUUCUGAAUAUAAUUUAAAGAUUAAAUUAAGUUUAUCCAAAACAUCAUAAAUCAAUAAAUUGAUGAACUGCAAGACACAUAAGCUAAUUUAUUACAGAUAAGUUCAUUAAACAGUUUUUUGUAAAUUCAUCAUUUAUAUUGUUAUUAAAUGUCAUAACUUAUUCAACUAGUUCAUUUAUUACUCUAAGUGCUGCAUUUAUUGAAAUUUCUAAUUUCAUAUUCAUAAAAUCUAAUGUUUUAUCAUAAUAAUUAUGGUAGUAAUUCUAUGAUUUUGAACUAGAGGAUUAAUAUAAUCAAAAAAAAAUGAAUUCAAUUAUUUAAUCUACAUUUAAAAUAUUGAAUUAAGGGAUUUAUAUCUUAACUUCUAAUUUGGUUGUAAAGAUAGUGUUUUUUCAGAAAUCAUCGCUUUUGCAAGUUCUAUUUUCCAGAUUAAAACUCAAGGGUAAGGGAUAAUCAAAAUAAAAAAUGUGAUAGAUUCUGUUUCUACUAACCUAAAAGAUAGUGGAGGUUCAGGUUGCAUAAGUAUUGAUUCAACAAAUAGCCUUUUAUCAAUUGAUCUUAAACAAAUAAAAUUUACUAACAUGUCAAUAGAAUGGCGGCAUCAUUAUUUACUAUUAUACCUUCUUUAAAAUAACAUUUUAUUCGUCUAAACUAUAAAGAUAUACAUAAUUUCUUUUCCUUAAUGA